AUGUUUGCCAGACUUGCGACCCAAACAUUCGCAAGAGCACCCACACCAUGGGCCAGACUCCUGAGUACUGAGACCAGACAGGCCAUCACAUCCGCCAUCAAAUCUGCGCCGGUUGUGCUGUUCAUGAAAGGAACGCCAGAGUUCCCACAAUGUGGAUUUUCUAAAGCUACCAUCGGCAUGCUUGGGCAACAAGGCGUUGACCCGCUAAAAUUUGCCGCCUACAAUGUGUUGGAAGACCCAGAACUGCGCGAAGGUAUCAAGGAAAUUAGUGAGUGGCCAACCAUCCCACAGCUGUACGUUAACGAGGAGUUCGUUGGCGGAUGCGACAUAGUCAUGAGCAUGGCUCAAACCGGAGAACUCACCAAGCUUUUAGAAGACGCCAAGGCCUUGGUGCCUGAGGAAGACGAAGAGUAA